AUGAGUGUUCCUGUUCAAGAAGUCGAAACUCAUCGCUUUGAAAAAUGGUGGAAAGAUCUUGGUCUUCGCAAGCUACUAGCAUGGCAGGCUACAAUUCUUCUAUCACAAAUGACCACUGGCUACGAUGAAAGCGUGGUCGGAAGUUUCCAAUCUAUGAAGCCCUGGGUUAAAGAUAUGGGGAAUCCAGACCCAUCCAGAAUCGGACUCAUCACAGCUAUUGUCUUUGUUGGGGGGUUUGCUGGUGCUCUUGUUGCCUCACCCACGGCGGACUACUUCGGACGACGAGCAGGCAUGUUUGUUGGAUCAAGCUUGACGUUAGUGGGAACCAUAAUCCAAACAGCUGCACAAAAUGCUGGAAUGUUCAUUGGGGGCCGCUUCUUGAUUGGUUUUGGAAUCAGCUUCACAUGUGUUGCUGGCCCCUCGCUGCUCUUCGAACUGGCUCAUCCGGCGAUGCGUGGCACAAUAUCUUCCCUGUUCAACGUACUUUGGUAUAUAGGCUCCAUCAUCGCGGCGUGGACAACGUUCGGUACUGGAUACAUGUCUACUAGCUGGUCAUGGCGUAUACCAUCGCUCAUCCAGGGAGUUCCCGCAUUUUUCGUCAUGGUUUCAGUUAUUUGCGGCCUACCCGAGAGUCCGCGAUGGCUUUGUUCAAACAACCGCGUGGAAGAAGCCCGGCUACUGCUUGCAAAAUAUCACAGCAACGGCAACUUACAUUCGGCUCUUGUGAUCCAUGAGAUGGAAGAAAUACAUACCGUAUUGGGGGCUGAAGCAGCUGCCAUAAAGAGUGGACAAAAUAGCUGGAGCAUUCUCUACCGAUCGCCAGCAAAUAGGAAACGAAUUGCCCUGGUGGGUACUGUUGCCCUCUUGACACUCUGGAACGGCCAGGGUGUAAUCGCAUACUACUUCAGCCCCAUCUUGACCAGCAUUGGUAUUACGUCUACACCCCAGCAGACCGGCAUCAACGGUGGCUUGCAGAUAUGGAACCUGCUCUUCUCCUUGGCAGGUGCUUUACUAGCGGACCGAAUCGGCAGACGAACUCUCUGGAUGAUCUCGUUCAUUGGGAUGAUCCUUGUCAACGUCCCAUUGACCAUAUCAUCGGCCAUGUACGCCCAACAUGGAUUCAAGGGAGCCUCGAUCGCCGUUGUUUUAUUCCUUUUCCUCUAUGAUGCAGCUUUUAACUUGGCCAACAAUCCACUUCUUUAUUGUUAUCCAACGGAACUACUGCCGUUUUCAAUUCGAGCCAAGGGUUUGAGUAUUCAAGUGGCUGUCUCCCAGGCAGCACUUACUGUCAAUCAAUAUGUCAAUCCUAUUGCAUUGGAUAGCAUUGGAUUUUACUACUAUAUUUUCUACCUUGGCAUGCUUAUCCUCGGUGUGAGUGCAAUCUCUACUGUCGUUCCCAUACCUUGGGCACUAAUGCUUUCUACCAAGACUUUAAUUAUAUUCUUUACCUUCCCAGAAACGAAGGGUAAAACAGAAGUUGAGCUCGCCGCUCUUUUUGAGAAUUCCAAACCGGAUCAUGCAGACCCGAUAAUGCUCGAGGGUUUGGAAGCAGGAUUUGAUCACCAUCUAAAGCCCUACGAAAAGAGUGUUGUAAUUGGCAAGAGCGAAGCGUCGAAUGAAGUCUGA